CACGCAGCAUGUCGUCGCAGGCGACAGAGCUAGCGAAAGUCAAGGCCGCAGUCAAGACAUGGGAGAAGGCGUUCCGCGCGGCGCACGGGCGCGCGCCGACCAAGGACGACAUCAGGGCGGACACGGGGGACAUUGAGCAGCAGUACGCGCAGUACCGGCGGCUAGUGAAGGCCGGGGUGUCUGCAUCGUCGGCAUCACAGAACGGCAGCAAGUCCAACACCGCCAGCCUCGAGCCAGCAACGCCAACGCGAGCCAGGUCACGGAGCAAGCCGCAGCCCCAGCCGGCGGCCCAGGCGACCGAGGCAGAUGCCAAUGCCGACGCUGGCCCGUCGCGCGCCAAGCGUCCCGCCGACGCGCUGUCCACUCCGUCACGGGGCGCGAGCACGCCGAAGCGUGCCAAGGCCGAUGGCAACCCUUUCGCAGGCACGCCGAGCCGCACGCCGAGCCGGAGCCAGCGCGCAGGCUACUCUGUCGUCGACCCGAACCCGUUCUCCGCGAGCCCGAAGAAGCCGAACGGCCUCUUCCCCAGCCUGAGCCGCCAGUCGGCGGACACGGCGUCGCCGUUCAUCGCGCACGACUCGCCCUUCAUCCACGCCAACACGCCGCGCAAGCUGCGCGAGGUACUGGAAGCGAAUUCGCUGCGCAAGUCGCGCGAGCGCGCAGAGAUCACGCCGCGGACAAAGGCGCGCAAGCGGCUCGCGGGGGAGCAUGUCGACGACACGCCGUUCAGGGUGCGCAAGCGGCGUGGUGAGCGCGCCGCCGCCGAGUCAAGCUCGAGCGUGCACGCGGUGUCGGAUCCUGCCUCGGCGCACGACGAGGAGGAAGACGUCGACGAUGACGACGACGAGGGGCUUGGCGAGACGCCUGUCGCGCCUGGUGCGGCGGCAUUCUCGCUUGGCCUGAGCGCGACGCGGAACGGCGUGGCGGAUGACCACCCGGUCGUCGAGCAGCCGUCCAGGACAAACCUGUACGCGCUGUUCCAGAAGGCGAAGCAGGACAAGCCGGAGGCGGCGGUGGCAGCGAGCAAGAAGACCAAAGCGCAGAAGGGCAAGGCGCCGGCCAAGGCCAACGCGAACGGGAGUGCGGGGCGCGCGGCGCGCGCAGCAGCCAUCCUCGGCGCGCCGACGACAAGUGUGGAUGACGACGACGAGAUGGACGGCGAGCAGGGCCUCGGCGAGCCGAGCACCCCGCCGGCUCCCGCCCUCCCCGCCAAGUCGCCUGCGCGCACCCCGCGCCGCGCGCACGUCGUCACCCUCUCCGAUGACGAGGUCGACGAGUGGGACCCCGAGGGGGAGACGCGCAAGCUUGCGGUACGCGUGACGGGGACGCGGAGGCGCGCGGUGCGCGUUGCGCCGCGGGCUGGGAUUGCGAGCGACGACGAGGGGGCUGGGGUGGGCGAGGGGGAGGAGGAGGAGGUGCCCGCCGAGGUUGACGACGAGGAAGACGACACGGACCCGCCGUCAGAAGCCGAAGCCGCACCCCAGGACAUGCUCUCCCUCCUCUCGCUCCGCUCGCCUGCCGGCCGCAAAGGCGAACGCCUCGCCGACCUGCGCGUACGCGCGCUCCUCGACCCCACGUCUGCGGCCGCUGUGCUCCUCCGCGCCCAGCGCAAGGGCCAGGAGGUGUUCGGUGCCGGGGAGGACGUUGGGGUCGGCGGUGGCUGGCGCGGCGAGGGCAGCGACGUCGAGGUCGAGGAGGAGGCCAUCGACGGCGACGACGACUGGGAGAGCGACCCCGAGGGCUGGAAGGCCGAGGUCGUCGAGGAGGAGUGGUAG